ACAGAGCGCCGCAAAGAGAACUCAUAACCAACCGGUUCCUACUCAGUCCAGCGCAGACUCAACCUGACUGUAGACCAGAAACUGCGUGCUUCGUUAGUCGGUCCUCCGAUACUUUGGUUUUGCUGCGUGGAGUAUCACAGUGAUCAAUUAGCCAGUGCAUUUAGUUCGUUUUUUUGUGCAUCUCGAGAAUAUCCUCGCAUCGGUUGAAAGAAGAAAAAAAAGCGCGAAAGGAUGGAUAACAUCAGCAACAUCGGUACCACCGCGUACGAAGCUGCUCCGCGUGGAGAUUCCUUGCGACGGUUACGCAACGGAGGCACCAACAGCAGCACAAUGGACCAGUUGAAAUUUGUGUUCUCCUGCAUAGUCGACUGUCUGACGUUCCUGGUUCUGGUGACGCCCAUCAUGUUGGGUUACGUGUUCCGGCUGUUCGUAUCCCGGAAGGAGAAAAAAAUCGCCGGCCAGCUGGCACUCGUUACCGGCGGAGCGAACGGACUUGGCCGCGAGAUUGGCUUGGAGUUGGCCAAAAAGGGCUGCAACGUUGCGGUUGCUGAUCUGGAUAUGACCAACGGGGAAAAAACAGCCGAGGAUAUACGCAAAUUGGGCGUCCAAGCCCAAUGCUAUAGGGUUGACGUUUCCGACUUCGACUCGGUGCUGGAAUUGAAACGCCAGAUCGAGAGCACCCUGGGACCUGUGGACAUCCUGGUCAACAAUGCUGGCGUUCUGCCGCUUAUGUCGGUACGCGAAGGUAAACCGGAGGAUCUGAAGAAAGUGAUGGAGAUUAAUCUGUUGUCGCACUUCUGGACAAUUCGAGCGUUCGUCGAAGGGAUGGCCGCCCGGCGGAAAGGUCACAUUGUGGCGAUAGCAUCGAUGACUUCUUUCCUGCCGAUUGGACGGGUCUGCAGUUACGUGGCCUCCAAAUACGCCGUCCGGGGAAUGAUGGAAGCCUUCAACGAUGAGCUGUACUUCGAUGGGCUGCAGGAUCAGGUGUUCACUACGACUGCCUAUCCGCCCUUCAUGAACACCCGCCGCGAUUUGAUCGACGCACUACAUAAAAUGGACAUUCUCGGAAGGGUGCCCAUUUUGUCGGCCAAAAUGAUGGCUCGUGCCACCGUCGCAGCAAUGCUGCGUAAUCAGCAACAUGUUUUCCUACCAAAGUACCUCGCUCCACUGUUGAUUCGAUUCGAACACAUUCCAUGCGAAAUCAGAAGAUUAGCCCGCAAGAUUAUGUUGAAAAAGGAAAUUCCUAGAUUGAUGAGCUAAAUAAAAUAGGGAACCCGAGAGAAGAGACAUAAAGAAAUCCACCUAUAUUGUACCUUAAAUAGAACGUUUUUUCACUGCAAAUAAAUCGAUUUUAAUUUUUCAAUUUAUUGUUGACAAUCCAUCCAUUGGUGUGUUUGUCAGUGUGAAAUCAACGCGAUUAAAUGCUUAAAGGUAUAAUCGAAAUUUUCCAAUCCUUGCAGACGAUCAGAGCGUUCGGGGAAGGCAUGAUU